AUGCAACGUGGCACCAUUGAUAUAGUGAUAAAGGGCAUUGAUCGUCGGUCAUAUCUCGACGCGAUGGAGCUGAGUCCAGUGCUCUCGAAGCUCUUUCCCGUACCGCCUGGUUCUCAAACUCCUCCUCAGAUUCCGCGGGCGCAGUACGGUUACCCGGUACCCCCAGCACUUCGUCCUCACGCCGGUCCACCACCGGGAAUCACCUUCCCAAACGCUCUGUCGAUGCUCAUGCUACGCUCGAAUCAUGCUGCACAUGUGAGCGGCAGCGUCCACGCUCAACGCAAGACGACGAAUAACUUUGAGAUACAUCCGCUGCAUCCUGAGAUCCGCCACGUCGUGCCACCGUCAGACCCAGUGAAACCACAUGCCGAUGAAGUGAGAAGGAAGAAACGAAAUCAGCACAACAAAUCACGUGGUGCUCAUCGUCAGACAACGAGCAACGCGCUCACAACCACAACAACCACUGCGCCCAUCACACCGAGUCAGAUCGUGAGUGAACCACAUUGUAUCAGCAGGUUGAAGACCGCUUUUGUUCAAGAUGCAUCGUAA